UCCCAACCACAAGGAGGAACACUGGGAUAGGCACCGUGGCGUGGUGAUACAAGGAAGCGAACUCCAGCAGUACAACAAACGUAUCGAAGUGCAGGAGUGUGUGAGAGAGAGAGAAUAGUUCGAAGACUACACUAAAUGGGGACGCGAAAUGGCAUCUUCAACCAACGAGAGGAGGGCAUUUGCUCACAAAAUUAAUCGGACGGUGGCUGCAGAGGUCAGGAAGCAGGUAUCCAGAGAGUACGGCUCCCCUCAGCUGUCCAAGAAACGAGGAGCACACCAACCUGUGCCGCUGACAGAGGUGGUGGAGCCUGUGGACUAUGAGGAGUAUGUGAGUAGCCACGCCCCUGGGGCGGAGCCUGGCCCCCUCAGACAGCUGAUGGAGUUCCCCCCAGAUGACCUGGAGCUCCUCCUGCAGGACAGAGAGUGUACUACACUGGAGCCCCCUCUGCCCGAGGAGGACACCUUUGACCCAAGAGUGAGAGAUGCCUUGGGUGUCUACACAGAUGACUGGUUGAUCAUUCAGAGGAAGUAUCAGCGUUACAGUACAACCCACACCCCCCACAACUCUGAGCGCCAGAGGGAGAGGCAGCGAGGGCUGGUUAAGCAGACCUUUGAACUGGACGAGGCUGCGGCCACUGACCGCCAGGAUGACCAGGACGAUGCUAAGCGGCGGUCAGUCUCUCUGGAUGACACGCCCCGGGGUAGCUGGGCCUCCAGUAUUUUUGACCUGAAGAACUCGUCGCCGGACGCCCUGCUGCCCUCGGUGCUAGAGCGCACAGCUGCUGAGGACAUGGACCGCCGCAACGCUGAGGCCCGUCUGCAGGGGCGCCACUCUGACCUGCUGGGGCUCUUCCCUCCUCCCGACGAGGAUGAGGCUGUGGAGAGAUGUUCUAUCCCAGAGGUCCCCAAAGAACACUGUGGUCAGAGGAUCAUGGUCAAGUGUCUGUCCCUCAAAUUUGAAAUAGAAAUUGAGCCAAUAUUUGGGACCCUCGCUCUCUAUGAUGUCAAGGAAAAGAAAAAGAUCUCAGAGGACUUCCACUUUGAUCUGAACUCAGAUCAGAUGAAGGGUUUGCUGCGCCCCCACACGCCCCACACAGCCAUCUCCACCUUGGCCCGCUCAGCCAUCUUCUCCAUCACGUACCCGUCUGCAGACAUCUUCCUCGUCAUCAAGCUGGAGAAAGUCCUUCAGCAGGGAGACAUAGGGGAAUCCUGUGAACCCUACAUGGUCAUGAAAGAGUCGGACUCAUCAAAGCACAAGGAGAAGCUGGAGAAGCUGCGUCAGCAGGCGGAGACGUCGUGUAGCAGGCUGGGGAGGUACAGGAUGCCCUUCGCCUGGACGGCCAUCCACCUGGUCAACAUCGUCAGCAGUGUGGGGGGGCUGGAGCGCUCCGACCCCGACUCUGACUCUGAGCGGAAAGGCCAUGGAACAUGGAACGAGAGAAAGAAGAAAGGGUUUGAGCGGAUGAGUGUAGGAGAGGACAUGUGUAACUUUGCCACCUUCCGUCCAGCCACUCUCACAGUCACCAACUUCUUCAAACAGGAGGGGGACAGGCUGAGUGAUGAAGACCUCUACAAGUUUCUGGCAGACAUGCGCAGACCGUCCUCUGUCCUACGCAGACUGAGACCUGUCACAGCCCAGCUGAAGAUAGACAUCUCUCCUGCCCCAGACUCUCCUCACUACUGCCUGUCUCCUGAGCUGCUCCAUGUCAAGCCCUACCCUGACCUGAGGGUGCGCCCCACCAAGGAGGUGCUGGAGUUCCCUGCCCGCUACGUCUACACCCCUCACACCACCUACAGGAACCUGCUGUAUAUCUACCCCCAGAGCCUGAACUUCAGCAGUCGGCAGGGCUCAGUCAGGAACAUUGCUGUCAAGGUGCAGUUCAUGGCAGGAGAGGAUCCCAGUCUGGCCAUGCCGGUGAUCUUUGGGAAAUCCAGCUGUGCUGAGUUCUUUACAGAGACUUAUUCACCCGUCAUCUACCAUGACAAGUCCCCAGAGUUCUAUGAGGAGGUGAAGAUGAAGAUUCCAGCCAACCUGACAGACAACCACCACCUCCUGUUCACCUUCUACCACAUCAGCUGUCAGCCCAAACAGAACACGCCCCUGGAGACCCCCGUGGGAUACACCUGGAUUCCUCUGAUGCAACAUGGCCGCCUACGGACCGGUUCCUUCAGUCUGCCCGUCUCUGUGGAGAAACCACCACCCAGCUACUCCGUCCUCACCCCUGACGUGCAGCUUCCGGGCAUGAAGUGGGUGGAUAAUCACAAGCAGGUGUUCAAUGUGGAGGUGACAGCUGCCUCCUCAGUUCACACUCAGGACCCCCACCUGGAUAAGUUCUUCACCCUGUGUUACGUCCUGGAGGAGUACUCAUUCCCGUUCCGUCUGAAGGACUGUAUCAUCAGUGAGGCCAACGUGGAGGUUGAGCUGAAGGCCAGCAUGACCGGCCUGCGGGGGGCGCUACUCGACACCUGCGUCCGCUUCCUCCACCAGCUGCUCUCCAAACUCAUCCUGCUCAUCGUCCACCCGCCCGUCAUCGCAGGACAGAUCGUGAACCUGGGCCGUGCAGCGUUCGAGGCCAUGUCCCUGCUGGUCAACCAGAUUCAUAAGAACCUGGAGGGGAACCAGGACCAACAUGGCAGGAACAACCUGCUGGCCUCCUACAUCCACUACUGCUUCCACCUGCCCACUGCUGAGCCUGUCAUGCCCCCUACUGGGGGUGCCACCCCGGCCUACGAGCUGCCCAUCCAGUACGCCACAUUGUCCAGGGCAACGGCCCGCCCCAGCACCCUUCACCUGGCCCGCUCCAAGAGCAUCAGUAACUCCAAUCCUGACCUGGCCAGCACCCCCACGUCACCUGACGAGGAGGUGCAGAGGAUCAUCGCCAGCAAGGGGAUAGAUCGCUCCCACUCCUGGGUAAACUCUGCUUAUGCCCCCGGGGGCUCCAGAGCUGUGCUACGCCGGAACCCCAACUUCACCUGUGAGCUCAAGCAGCUGCUCCAUGAGGAGCUGGCACUACAGUGGGUGGUGAGCACCAGCACAGUGAGGGAGGCAGCACUGCAACAGGCCUGGUUCUUCUUCCAGCUCAUGACGAAGAGUAUGUCCCACCACCUGUUCCUGUCCUCCCGGAUAGACCUUCCCAGACGCCAGCGCUUCCCAGACCGCUUUGUGGAUGACAUCGCUGCUCUAGUGGGGGCUAUCAGUGCUGAUGUAGCAGGGCGAUACCACAAGGAUUUGGAGCUUGUGGAGAGGUUGAACAGCAGUCUGGCCUUCUUCCUGAAUGACCUGCUGUCUCUCAUGGACCGUGGCUUCGUCUUCAACCUCAUCCGCUCCUACUACAAACAGAUUGCCAACAAGUUCCACACAGCCCAGAACCCCAGCUCUCUGACUGCUCUGAGAAUGGACUUCACCCGCAUUGUGUGCAGCCAUGAGCACUAUGUCACCCUCAACCUACCCUGCUCCACCCUCAGCCCCCCCGCCUCGCCCUCCCCCUCCACCUCCUCCACCACCUCCCAGGGUUCAGCGUUCUCCAGUAUGCACCAGGACCAAGGUGUGGCCAGUAUGUUUGAGCUCUCCGUCCCCUUCAGACAGCAACACUUCCUGUCUGGCCUGCUGCUGACUGAACUAUCCCUCAUCCUGGAGCCUGAUGGGGAGGGGGUGUUUUUCCUGCAUAAGAAGGCCAUCAGUGCAGUCCACUCUCUGAUGUGCAGUCACGAUGCGGACCCUCGCUACACGGACCCCCAGGUGCGAGCCCACAUCGCCCAGCUCUACCUGCCCCUCAUCCCCAUCGUCAUGGACACCCUGCCCCAGCUUCAUGACUUCACAGACGCUUCUCAAGCCCGGGGCCGCCACGCCCCCGCCAUGCAAGACGAUGGGGACCCAGACAACGGAACCAUUAGUCAGUCUGUCGCCAUGGCGAUCGCUGGCUCCCCGCUGCCGCAUGCCAAAGCCCCCAACUUCACCAUGCCCACGGUGGCUGGUCGUCAGUGCAGCUCUCUGUCGGCAGAGUGCAGUAGGACUCUGCUGGUGUCUUUCCUGUGGGUUCUGAAGAACGCAGACGCUGCGCUGCUGGAGAGCUGGGUGUCAGACCUCUCUGUGCUGCAGAUCAACAAGCUGCUAGACCUGCUGCACCUCUCGGUGUCCUGCUUCGAGUACAAGGGGAAGAAGGCUCUGGAGCGUAUCAACAGCCUGACGUUUAAGAAGUCUCAGGACAUGAAGGCCCGUCUAGAGGAGGCCAUACUGGGAACCAUCGGAGCCCGACAGGAGAUGGUCCGUCGCUGCAGAGAGCGGAGUCCAUAUGGCAAUGAGAAUGUCAGAUGGCGGAAGAACGUCACUCACUGGAGACAGAACACAGACCGAGUCGACAAAACUAAGGCGGAGACGGAGCAGGAGUCCGUGGUGGAUGGAAACCUGGCCACUGAAGCCUCUCUGGUCGUCCUGGAUACGCUGGAGAUCAUAGUUAAGACGGUGCUGGUGUCAGAGCUGAAGGAGAGUGUUUUGGGCGGGGUGUUGAGAGUCCUCCUCCACAGCAUGGCAGGGAGUCAGAGUGCCCUCUUUCUGCAGCACUGCUUCACUACACAGAGGGGACUGGUCUUCAAGUUCCCAGAGAUGCUGUUUGAGGAGGACACAGAGCUGUGUGCUGACCUGUGUCUUCGUCUGCUCCGCCACUGCAGCAGCAGUGUGGGCUCUGUCCGGAGUCAGGCCUCCGCCUCCCUCUACCUGCUGAUGAGGCAGAACUUUGAGAUCGGCAACAACUUUGCCCGGGUGAAGAUGCAGGUCACCAUGUCCCUGUCCUCCCUGGUGGGGACAUCUCAGAACUUCAACGAGGAGCACCUCCGACGUUCUAAAACCAUCCUGACCUACGCAGAGGAGGACCUGGAGCUACGGGACUCCCCGUUCCCAGAACAGGUCCAGGAUCUGGUCUUCAAUCUGCACAUGAUUCUGACUGACACAGUCAAGAUGAAGGAGCACCAGCAGGACCCUGAGAUGCUCAUUGAUCUCAUGUACAGGAUUGCUAAGGGAUACCAGAACUCCCCUGACCUGCGCCUGACGUGGCUACAGAACAUGGCGGGGAAGCACUCGGAGAGAGGGAACCACGCGGAGGCAGCCCACUGCCUGGUGCACAGCGCCGCCCUGGUGGCAGAGUACCUCAACAUGCUGGAGGACUGCCGCUACCUGCCCAUUGGCUGUGUCACCUUCCAGCACAUCUCGUCUAAUGUUCUGGAGGAGUCAGCGGUGUCUGAUGACAUCCUGUCCCCAGAGGAGGAGGGUAUCUGUGCGGGGAAGUACUUCAGCGAGGUGGGGCUGGUGGGGCUGCUGGAGCAAGCUGCAACCUCCUUCCACAUGGCUUCCAUGUAUGAGGCCAUCAACGAGGUGUAUAAGAUCCUACUCCCGGUCCACGAGGCCAACAGAGACUUCAAGAAGCUGGCUACUGUCCAUGGAAAGUUGCAGGACACCUUUAACAAAAUCUACAACCAGAGUUCUGGAUGGGAGAGGAUGUUUGGGACCUACUUCCGGGUGGGCUUCUACGGCUGUCGCUUUGGGGACCUGGAUGAGCAGGAGUUUGUGUACAAGGAGCCCUCUAUCACCAAGCUGGCUGAGAUCUCCUACAGACUAGAGGAGUUCUAUGCUGAGCGGUUUGGAGAUGAUGUGGUGGAGAUUAUCAAGGACUCCAACCAUGUGGACAAGAACAAGCUGGACCCCAAUAAGGCCUACCUCCAGAUCACCUACGUGGAGCCCUUCUUCGACACCUACGAGCUGAAGGAGAGGAUCACCUACUUCGACAAGAACUACAACCUGCGCACCUUCAUGUACUGCACCCCCUUCACCCUAGACGGGCGCGCCCACGGCGACCUGCACGAGCAGUACAAACGCAAGUCCAUCCUCACCACAUCCCACGCUUUCCCCUACAUCAAGACACGCAUCAACGUCAUCCACAAAGAGGAGAUCAUCCUGGUGCCCAUGGAGGUGGCUAUAGAGGACAUGCAGAAGAAGACCCAGGAGCUGGCCUUUGCUACCCACCAGGAGCCUGCCGACGCCAAGAUGCUGCAGAUGGUGCUGCAGGGCUCCGUGGGCACCACUGUCAACCAGGGCCCUCUGGAGGUGGCCCAGGUCUUUCUCUCGGACAUUCCUGAUGACCCCAAGCUGUACCGUCAUCACAACAAACUACGCCUCUGCUUUAAAGACUUCACUAAGAGGUGUGAGGAUGCCCUGAGGAAGAACAAGACUCUGAUUGGUCCAGACCAGAAAGAGUACCACAAGGAAAUGGAGAGGAACUACAAUAAGCUGAAAGAGUCUCUGGGACCUCUCAUCACCCGCAAGAUCCCCCAGCUCUACAGGACACAGCCGGCUGUGGGGCUUCAGUCUGCUACACAAAGAAAUUCCUUCAGUAGGUCCAGUCUCCGCAGGGGGGACUGUUGAAGCACAGCAGACCUCGUCAACAGAGAAGAAACCGAGAGCUUGAGACAUACUUUUGAUUUCAACUGGUCUGUCUCCCCCACCCCUUCACACACCAACAGUCUAUCCUCAACACUCACACCAUCCUUCUCCAUCUCUCUAGCUUGUUAUUCCAACCCCCCCCCCCCCAUACCAUCUCUCUCCCGCCUCACUCACUCAUUUCUUGUCGUCCUCUCCUGCUCUGCUCUACCUCCCCCAUUCUCUCUGUCUCUCACACUCUUAUAGGAAAAGCUCCCUCUGUUUAUACUGGAAGUUUAUCUGCACUGUAAACAGUCAUUUGGACCAUCUCUCUCUUUCUCCUGGGCAUUUACAUAGACCAGCUUUCAGGAGGAGUCUCUCUGCAUUGAGGAGGAGCCAGAAUGAUGCCUCUCCCUCACUGUUCAUUUCCGCUCAGUUUAAUUGUAGCUUUUCCUGAACUGGAGAAUCCAAAACCGCUCCUAGGCGCUUCCCUAAUUGUGUGUUUGUUUUGGACCACGUUUGAAUGUGUGCGCUUGGAAGUUUGUGUUUGAGUGUGUGUCUUGCCCCGACUGCACAGGAUAUAGGCUUCUUUCAAUUUGCUUGUGUGUGUGUGAUGUUUGCUGUGGAAGGGCCUGGGUGGUUACACUGUGUGGUUUAGCAGGCCUGUUCCCUGUGUUUCGUGGCCUUAGUGAAUUUGUGUGUGAUUAUUUUGGUGGGGGACCAGUUGCUGCCAGACGUAGUCAUUAAAUGUUCCCAGGGAAGUCGUUCUGUAACCAACUAUCCUCAUACCAAAUAACUGACAUUCUUUCACUCCUGACUUCUCUCUUUCAUACACCCUGUAUCAGGACAGGAAUUCAUUAUGAAGAAGUAUGACAUUUUGAUCAUUAGAGGCCCAUCUGCUCUAGAAGGACAUACAAUGGACACAUUGUAGGUUGGAGAGAUGUGGCUUUAGGAAGAGAGGGAGCCUUACAAAUAGUCUCUGACACUGUGAAAUGUUAUUUUUCCUGCACUGACCAAAAACACUGUCGCAUCACUGAUGUUCACAUGAUAAGCACUGCCAGACAGGCAGUGACAUUCACUCUCUCCCCCCUCUCACUCUGUGCUGACAAACACUUCACAUGUUCUGGAAUUAAUCUUCAACCCUGUGGUUGGUGGAAACAUGUAAUGUAGGUAUUUUUAACUACUGUAUUGGACUGUCUCCUUUAUUGUAUUGCACUAUACUGUAUUCACACUGCCGCACCUACGUACCAACGUCUGUAACUACUGUAUUUCCUCUGUUUAUUGUAUUUUCACGAGGCUUGUCUAAAACUGCAUUUUUAUCAGUCAGGAAAAGAACUACUCUUUUUUUUAUUUAUUCACUUUUUUUGUUUUGUACUGCUCUGUAUUAAAAUGUUAUUUCAAUAUUAACAGUA